AUGGCCGACGACAUUGCCGUGGUUGUGGUUCCACUUCCUGCCCAAGGCCACCUCAACCAACUCCUCCACCUCUCCCAUCGCAUCUCAGCCUACGGUAUCCCCGUCCACUUCGUCGGAACACCGGUCCACAACCGCCAAGCCCAGGUCCGGCUUCACGGCUGGGAUCCUCAGGCCACUUCCAAGAUCCAGUUCCACGACUUCUCUGCAACUUUUCCAUCUCCGCCACCAAAUCCAAACACCUCCGACAAAAACCCUGUCCAACUCGUCCCUUCCUUUCAUGCGGCGGCUCAUCUCCGGGAACCCAUUUGUGAAUUCGUUAAGAAACUCUUGAUUACUUCAAGGAGAGUGGUAGUGAUUCACGAUUACCUCAUGAACUACACAGUCCAGGAUGUUCCUUCCAUUCCAAAUGCAGAAUCUUACUGUUUCCACAGCGCUUGUGCUCUUACAAUGUACACUUACAAUUUUCAAUCCUUGGGGAAACCGGUCAUGGUCAACGGGGAAGUCAUAGAUGACAUAUUGUGUGCUCCGACAGCCAGCUUGCCGGAAGAAUUAGCUCAUUAUAUUUAUAUUCAAAUGGAAUCAAGGAAGCCCACCUCUGGAAACCUUUACAAUACUAGCAGAGUGAUUGAAGGUGAAUUUCUCAACUUGAUUUAUCGAGAGGAGCCCUUUGCCGCUGAAAAGCAUUGGGCAAUUGGUCCUUUUAAUCCUCUGGAUAUAACCCAGAACAGAGUAUCAGGUCAAAAACGGCACAAAUGCUUAGAAUGGCUUGACAAACAACCGGAGAAGUCAGUCAUCUUUGUUUCUUUUGGGUCGAGCAUUUCGUUGUGCGAUAAACAAGUUGAGGAGAUUGCAAUUGGGUUGGACAAGAGCGGAGCGAAGUUCAUCUGGGUUUUGAGGGAUGCUGACAGAGCAGACAUUUUUGCUGGGGAAAGCAGGAGACGCUACUGCAAAUAG